AUGCUUACUGCGUCAGAAUUAUCUAUUCUUUUUUCGGUAUUACAAGUUCUGCGACGAACAAGGACUAACCUAACUACAAGGAAGUGUAAGGUGAUAAGUUCUGCACUAGCAUCAAAAGUUAUCCAUUGUCUUCUUUUAAAACUUCAACCUCUUAAAGUCGAAGAGUCUGUUGCCCAAGAAUUGCAGUCGUUGAUCCUGAAAGAGAUUGACAAAAGAAUGGGUUUUAUAGAGAGAGUAACACCUCUUGCUGUAGCCACAAUCUUGGAUCCCAGGUUUAAGAAAAUGCAUUUCACGGACUCACUCGCUUGCUACAUGGCUUUUACAAAAAUCAAGGAAAUGAUCAAAACUAGAAUACAAAAUGACGUCGUGGAAUCUGAUUCUUCAGAUCUUUCUGACAAAGCCGAAGAUACAUUUUCUCUAUGGGGCAAUCACCACAAAUUAGUCCAUAAGAGUUGGAAGACGAUGAAAUCUGACGAUUCUAUUUCUGAUGAACUAUCUAUUUAUUUACGUAGCCCAGUAGGCAGAUUAAAUGAGAAUCCUUUAGAAAUUUAG